UAACGAAAUAACUAUACGUAUGUAUUUUUAAGAAAUUUAUUAUUAUUAUCAUCCCAAAUUACAAAGUUAUGAGAAGUAUUUUGCUUUCAAUUUACCGAAAACUCCCGCUUCCCGAAUUGGCAAAUUCUCAUAUCUUUGAGCAUUUCCGAGCAUAAAGACAAAUCCCGCGUUGGCGGGAAAAGAAGAACAUGCUAUUAUUUCCAUUCGGACCCACACACGAGUCGGAGGAAAGGAGCGGAAAGAAAGUGGAGUCCUAUUUUUACAAAUGGUCCCUCCGCUAAAACAAUUCACUGGGAACUCCAAUUCUCCAAUCAGAACAUCGCCAGAAGGUUGCCGACAAACUUAGGACUUCUUGCAAAUAAUAAACAACUAAACCAGUUGUGCACAGACCACUUAUGACAUUUAUGCAGGAAAAAAAUAUAUAUUACAAACCGUCUGGUAGGUGUGCGGUUUGCAACCAAACCGUCCCACCCCAAUGCGGUCAGCAAAAUCGCCACCUACCCGUGUGUUUUCAUUAAAAAUCGUGCCGCACCCUGCAGUUUUCGUGUAAACCGCUGAGUGAGGUGACAGUUUUUGGAAAAAUAUGCUAUUUUUUGAAUUGUUCUAGGUUGGAUGUUAUUUUUGAAUUUUUUUGAAAGUACUAUUUUUGGGGAAAAAAAAUACUUUACUCGUUUAUUCCUAAUAAAGAUCCGAUCCUUACGUGGAAGGAUAAUCUAUUUCAGGAACCUUCUCAACAGCUCACAGCCAUUCGAUUCGCAUUGUAAAACAACUAACCUCCUCCAAAAUCUAACCAUCGAUUUGUCCUCAAGUCAACCAAUCACAGCCGUUCGAUCUCCCUUAAUAAUUAAUUAAUUAUCCGAAUUAGAUUCGCCUAAACCGGCACCGCCUCUCGGCCUGUUUCUUCUUCCUAUAUAUUCCACCCCUGGCGCCAUGUUUCUUGCAUCCAAGGUCUCAAUUUCAUAGCCUCCUUCUGGGUUUAGGUUCAAAAAUUUGAAUCUACCUUUUCUAUAGAUCUAAUCCUGGCGAUGGCUUCACUUCGGCCUAAUUUUGCCGCUGCAGCUCUCGUGCUCGGUUAUGCGGGACGAUUCGUGGUUCUGGUAGAUCUGCGGUUGGUUUCUCGUCCUUGACCAGUUUCCGCUCCGGAUCCGCUGAUCUCGACUCGUUGAUGAUCGUAUCGUUCUACUUCCGUCGAGGUAUAUAUCUCUUUAUAUGGCUUUCUGGUUGGAUUUGUUUCUAGAUCUGUUCUAGUUGACUUCUUUUCUUGCGACUUGGUAUGUGCGUUUCGAUAUGUUUAGUUGUGUGAUAUAGACUAUGUAUUCGAUUCGUUAUUUUCUGAUGCCCUGAAUCAAAUUGGAUUGCGCUCUUGUUUCGAUAUUAUAUUUCUGGUAUAGAUUUCCGACGAGAUUGAUUGGUACGGUCAAAUUGGGCGCGAGUUUUUGAUGCUUUGAUUGUAUUCUUGGCUGGUUGUUGGGGACGAAUUUGUACGCGCAUGGAUUUCGUGGCUAAUCGAUUGGUUAUUUGGUUUUGUUAUCUACCAGUCCCGUCUCCGGCUGUGUGGUAAUUGAGAGGUAUGGAGCGAGGCUGAAAGGAGCUCGUACACUGUUCAGAUACGCCCAUGAUCGAUCCCGACGGCGGCCUUGAAUCUGAUGAUCGAUGGCGAAUACAAUCUCCUAGCAUGGAGUCAGUUGGAUCCCAACACCGUGAAGAUUGUUUGGCCCAAAGGGUUUGUGAAUUUAUUUAUGCCUGUUAUUUGAUCUAUUUGUUACGGUAUCAUUGGUUACGGAGGAUCUUGCUGGGAAGAAGUAGAGGAUGGAGGAACCUGUGGAGAGAUUAGGGUAUGGUUUCUUGAAGUGUUUGUGUUGGUGUUGUUGUUUGUCAAACCGACCUUUGCCAUGUUGGGUGCGCUCGCAUGGCAGGUCACAGAAUACCCUAAUAAAAGCAUCGAUUUCUUGGGUUUGGAGGAGGGAGAUGGCACAUAGGGGUAAUUUUUUUGUUAGUGAAGGUUUUUCAACCCUGGCUCUCCCUCCUCCAUGUGUGUGUGUCUCCGGGUGCUCCUCUUCCCUUUUCUCUUUGCUGGCACCAUUACUAUAUCACUGCAUCUCGAUGGUCUCACACCACUGAUAGACAACCGGGACAUCAUAUGCUUGCAGUCAACCAGGUACCAAUUACCUCAACUUUGCUGCUUAUUUCACAGUUACAUCAUGGCCGACUAGUUAAUUGAUCAACAUCUGAAUCUUAUCAGUUUAAUCAUUGAGAAAGUUACUUUACUAUGGUCUGUUGAGUUGGCUAGAUUCCUUAGCAAUUUAAUAUUACUCCGAAUUAAUUGAUCAUAUACGGUUUAGGAGAGAUUGGAGGGGUUUCUGUGGGAGCUUGCCUGAAGAAGUUAACUCUGACAAUUGCAUAGAAUUGAGAUACUGCAUAUGCUGAUGGUGGUGUCUAGUUUUUGCAAUCAUCUACACAAUUAAACAAUUUGCGUUAGUACGUUUGCUCCGUUAAUUCGAUUAUUAUAACAGUGGCUCUAGGAAGUAACCACUCACGAAAGAGCAAUCGAACUCUUGAUACUUCUGCUAUUACCAUGGAAAUCUUUUUUGUAUCAUAGUGUAUGAUCAAGAUCUUGCCAUUUGUUAUCAGUUGGAACUUUGCGGUAGCACUAUUGUUCUGCGUACUUACCAUAUCAUUAGUUGGAAGGUGGCUAUAGGCUAUUAGAUGCGCAGUACUGCAGGAUCUUGUAAAGCAGGACUGCUUGUGUUGUAUUGUCUUGUAAAUCUGUUCUGAUAGAUAUGGGAAAGGCUCCAUGUAAGGGAAGAUGUCGUGGGAGUUCAUCAAAGUGAGGGUCUUGCGCACAGUUACUGCGCUCUCCGGCUUCUAUGUGGAAUGGAGGACGCUGAUGAUGCUGUUCUUAUACCGACCCCGACCUUGUAUUAGCUGGAGGACGCGCUGCUGUUGCUGUGCUUAUACCGUCUCGACCCCAAAAGAGAAUGUUGUAUUAGCUGGCUGCUUUAUCAGUCAUACGUGGUGAGAUGUUCUUCAUUAAUAAGUGUUAUCAGAUAUACUUUGGUCUUUGUUGUUGCCACAUGUGCUGAUUGUUGAUUGGAUUGCAGCAAUGAUGGCCUUGGCUGUGUUUCUCCUGAUGAUCCUUGGGAUCUUGUAUGUUCUGCAUCAACGUUAGCCAUUGUUACCAGUCGUCGAUUUCGACAAAGCUGUGUCCGGCCAAGAUGCAAAAAGUUCCUUUCAAUUCCAAAUCAUGUUGGUUGUCAACACGCCUCACAGUCUACAAGGGGUUGGUCUCAUGAGUAAAGAAUUUUGCAUUUUCCAAGUCUAUUUGCUGUUCAAUACCACUGAGAAAUUGGUCUUCUUUCCCCUGUUCGGGAGAUGAAGGGGUCUUGUUUAGUUUUCUCUUAUAUGGUUCAGCUCGUACCUUGGCAUUGAAGUUAUACCUUCUUUUCAGUUUGGAGUGGCUUGUGGUUUGCCCAAUCUGCAUAUUUGUUAGUCGGGCUUCCUUGUUAUGCAUCUGUUUACAGUAGAUGUUGAUGUCUGUGUCGCCUUUUUGUUGUUUUUCCAUACAGAAUAAUAUAAUGACUGGAUUGUGAGCCUCACGGCAAUUAGGUUUGGUGUCUAUAUCUGAUAGUCGCCGUGUCUAGUUGAAGAAUUUAAAAUCAUUUCUUAAUAAACACGAGCUGACACA